AUGCCGCCCUGGUUCCUGUUGUCGUUCGUGACAUCGGCGGGUAUCAGCGAAAGCAUACUUUCCUCCCCCUUUACCACCCCCCCAAACCCCAUGUUUUCUUCUGUCGCUCUGUCCCUCUCUCCCUCAUCGCGCAUUUCUUCUUCAGUUUCCCGCCAUCUCUUCUCGGGCUGUGUCCAAGACUUCGUCCGUCCCUUUUCUCUUCUCUCCCCGGCCAUCCCUCACCAGUUCACAUGGCGUCUGGGCUCCAUCGCGCUCCUCUCUCUCCUCCCCGCCCUCGGCGCCAUGACCCUCAUCUCCGCCACCAACUCUCCGCGCCAACCGCACUCCGCGCCCUUCCCCGCGCACCCGCGCGCUCCCCCAUUCGCCUCCGCCCCUCCUCCCCCUCCCCCUUCUCCGCCACCCCAGGGCCGCCGCCAGCCCCCCUUUUCUGGCGUACCGCCCGUCCCUGGUAGAGUCGCUUCCGUCAAAGCAGAUUAUAGCGUGUACAGAGAUAACGCAUCAUGGCACGAGGGAGACCGGUACACUGCAGGGGAGGGAUUCAGUAGGCGGAACGGGCGAUUUGAGCGGUGGGAGGGGGUGAGCGACGACGAGCUGGGAAUUGGAUAUGCGUCGAACGGAUAUGCGUCGGAUGGGGACAGCGAGAGUAGCCUGAGCGGAGUAGCCAAUGGAAUCAGCCAUAACGGAGCAGACGCAGAGAUAAAUUUGAACCCUAGCAUCGAUUCGGCUGCUACCGAGACAGUUGGACGAAUCGUGGGUGAUACCAACCAUCGGCCACGAGCAGCUGCUGACGUCAGCGCGUACGACCAUAGCGAAGCGGCCGCCGCUGCUUAUGGCGCGGAUGCUUUCCAUUCUGUAAACGGUGCAACUGCUGCUGCUGCCGCCGAACAUUCCAAUGUACAUAAUUCUAGGAGUGGUGUGCGCAGCAUCCGCAGCAGCAUCGGCAGCAGUAUCGGCAGCAGGGGCAUGCGCGUGUACGAGUGUUGCAACGGCACAUGCCCUGCUUGCAGAACGCCCGCGUUUACCAAAGCAGUCCCUGUCGGGGAUAGCGCCGCGAGUGGUGUGCCAAGGGCUAAUAGACCUGGCAGGGGCAGUGCUCGUAGUAGUGUGGCAGGGGUUGAUAGGGCUGGAAUGCUGGUUGAGGAGGAAAGUGUAGCGGCAGCUUCAGGUGCAGUCGCAGGUGCAAGUUCAGAGAUGAAAGCAUGGAACGAGGCCAUUGUCGCUAGUGCUUCGCCCCUAGGCCCUACUUAUGGGGAUGGUGCUCCUGCUGCUUCCGCUGCUCGUAGCGUGGGCGGGUUUCACGACGUAACCUCUGCUUCCCCUGUGCCAGACGAAUAUUUCUCAUCUGCGCUGCCCGAUUCUGCUGCUCAUGCUGACGCGGCCAGAAGGCUGGAAGCCGUCCGAUUGGACCUCAAACGCCACGUGGCUACUGAAUCUGCUCGUUCUACUGCUGCUGCUACUGCAGCGCCGCCUGCUGUUACCCCCGCAGCUGCUGCUGGCAGUACCGCCGGGGAAGCUAAAGUCUUCGACCCACUUGCAACAGCAACACCUACAGCACCAGCAGAAGCAGCAGCAGCAGCUGCAGCAGCAGCAACCGGAGUGGCAGAUCUCAGUGCAAAUGCAUCAAGAUGGGAGGAGGGCGUGAGCGGAGAGGACGAUCUGAACCUCAACGCGGUCUUCCUUGAGAAUUUCUGCGAGUGGCCGCUCAGACGCGUUGCUGUGGCUGCUGCUGGGAGCAGGGCGGACCCGGCCAUACGAACGGAUAGGGUGGGGCGGGCGGGCAGGGCAGACCGGGUGGGGCCUGUCGUGGGGAGAGGAGGUGCGGGAGGCGAGAGCAGGGUGGCGCCUGUGGGUGCGAGUGGUGCUAUGCAGCCAGGGCAGUGGGAUGUGCGCAGCAGUGCGGUGGGGGGAGAGAGAGAAGGGAUAGCUCAGGGCAGCAAGAAGAGUGUUCCUGCGGGGGCUGGCUUGGGUCUGAGCCUGGACUCGUUUGGGUUGGAUUCGCUAGGGUUGGAUGCGCUGGGAUUUGAUGCGUGGCAGGCGUUCAUGUGGGCGUCUGACAGGAUCUAUGGCAGCAGCUAUGGGGACUAUAGCUUUCACCGGAGGCAGGGGGGGACAGGGAGAGCAGGGGGGGCUGGGGGAGCUGGGGAGCAGGGGGAGCAGGGGGGAUUGGGGGGGCAAGGGGACAUGGGUUGCUGGGAGGAGAACGAGGGCAGCAGCAGGCAGGACAGGGGGGUUUGCCUGGCAGCGGGAGGGGUAUGCCUGGCUGGGGUAUGGGAGGUGUGGGUGGGAUGUGGGGGAGGAAGCGGAGGCGGUAGGCCGCUCGCUUUCCUAGAAGACAUGAAUCUUCCCGCGCCGGAAGCGGCGGAGGAAGAUCGCGCGGGAGGCUUCUCCGCGCAUCCGCUUCCGCAGGGAGUUUCCGCCGCUCCGCCAGCCAGUUCCGCGCAGCCUAUCAUGGCCAAUGCGUCAUCCACGCAAACUGCGCUCGCGCAGGCGCCGUUCCCCGCGCAGCCUCCCCCGUCCGCCGUUGCGCCGUAUGCUGUUCGACCGUCCGCGUAUCCCGCAUCAGCAGCCACCCCGCUGCUUUCCAUCCCCGCAUCCUUUCCGUCCGCUUACGGUGCGCAAUCCGCUUCCGCCGGUUCCGCUCUCCCCCUAUCUGCUAACCUAGUUCGUUCCCCACAACCCCCUUUCCCCCUUGCUUUCCCCUCUACCUCCGCUCCGCUUAGCUCCGCGCCUUCCCCCUUCCCCAUGCAUUCUGGCUUCCCCCCCGCCUUUCAGCAAGCGGGAACGCUGGUGCCGAGCCAAGCGCCGAACCAGCUGCCAAGCCAGCCCAUGGCUCGGCCGCAUUAUGCCCCUGUGGUAGGCCAAUCAGGGCAGUCCACGUCAGCAGGACAGUCCACGGCGAUACCUCUGCUAGGCCAAGGAUUGGUUCCUCUUCCUUUUCCGAGCACUGUAGCAGCCGGCACUGUAACGCACAGUGCUGUAGCACCGCUGCGGCACACUCACACGCUCACCACAUCCGCUCAGGCCCGCCCCAUCUGCCUCUCCAUGCCGCCCGCACUGCAUGCUGUGCCGCCCCUUGACGCUCAGUUUGAUGCUAAAGCACGGGGUGAAGCGGAGGAUGAAAGAAAAGUAAAAAUUGGACGUGAACGCUGUAAGAUGGUGGAGCUGACUCAGCGCAAGGUGGUGCUGACUCAGCGCGAGGUGGUGCUGACUCAGUGCGAAGCGGUGCUGACUCAGGCCGGGACCACAGCACGGUCACUGAUGCGAAGCGGUGCCUGCUCUGAGUGGUGGGGCGGAGAGAGGGUGGGAGGAGGAGGAGGGAAGGUGGAAGACGAGGGUGGGGCAGAGGGGAAGGGCGUGGGGAAGGGCGUGGGGAAGGGCGUGGGGAAGGAAUCAAGUAGUCCUAGGAGGGAUUUCCUGCACGAUCUCAAUAUGACUCAGGAGGAGGGGGAGGUGGGGCAGGAGGAAGGCGAGAUGGCGCAGGAAGAGGGGCAGGCGGGGUUGGAAGAGGGGCAGGCGGGGUUGGAAGAGGGGCAGGCGGGGUUGGAAGAGGGGCAGGCGGGGUUGGAAGAGGGGCAGGCGGGGUUGGAAGAGGGGCAGGCGGGGUUGGAAGAGGGGCAGGCGGGGUUGGAAGAGGGCAGCGAGAGAGGGAUGGCGGGUGGGCAGGGAAGGGGAGAUGAUGGGAGAAGGAAGGGGUUUAUGGUAGAUAUGAAUAUGGCUCUGGAUGGGGGGGAGGGUGGGGAGGAAGGGAGUGUGGGGGGAGUGGCAGGGAGUGAGGGGGUGGAGAGUGAGGGUAUGGAGAGUGAGAAGGUGGAGAGUGUGGGGGUACCUGGUGGAAAUGAAGGAGGGGACUGGGAAGUUAGGGCAGGGGGCAGCAGAUGUAGGCAUGAAGGGAGACAAGCAGGGGGACACGGAAGGGGAAAAGCAGGGAGGUGCAGAGGGGGACGCAGGGGCAAUCAGAGGGGCGGUGCUUGUGGCAGGGAGAGACAGGCAGGGGAGUGCAGAAGGGGAAAAGCAGGGAGGGACAGAAGGGGAGGAGGGAGACGCAGUUGCAAGUGCGGAGGUUGGGGGAGGGAAGAGGUCGAAGAGAGGCGCAGGAGAGGGGGAAACGGGGGUAGGGAGGGGAGAGAGGGGAAGGAGAAGGGGAAGAGGAGGAGGAAGGAGGGGCGAUUGGCAACAGUGCCAGGGGAAGCUGGUACUGGCGGUGGUAGGGAGGCAGGUGGUAGGGACGUUGCUGGAAAGGGGACUGAUACUGAUGGUGGGAAGACGGGAGUGCGAGGAGAGGGAGGGGCAGGGGUGACCGGUGGUGUGGGUGGUGUGCCAGGAGCAGGAGGGGGAGGAGUGGUGGGGGGUGUGGGUGGUGUGGGUGUGGUGCAGAGGGGUGCAAAGAGAGUGAAGGUAGAGGAGGUGGGGGGUGAAGGGAGUGUGGAAGGGGUGGGAGGGAGUGUGGAGGAAGGAGAAGCGGUUGGGAGGGGUGCAGAUGGAGCA